AUGAAAGAGCAGUACCGCGAGCUGGCUUAUCCGGAGCUGCUCCUGAAGCAGGAUGAGCUGGUGACGGAGUACCGCAAGGCGCGGUUCGAUGCGGUGGUUGGCCACCUGGACAACCCGGUCAGCGUACGCCUUCUCAGGCGCAGACUGGCUCGGGGCCAAGACCAUCGUUCACGAAUACGAACUGGGGAUCCGGCAACGAUGAGUAGCACGGAACGUCUCCGAGUAUUGGCCGGCACGGUGGUUUCGGACCGCAUGGAGAAGACGAUCGUCGUGUUGGUCAGCUCGCAGAAGCGCCAUCGGAUGUACGAGAAGUACAUCCGCAGGUCGAAGCGCUUGAAGGCACAUGACGCAGACAACGAGUGCCGGAUCGGCGAUCGUGUGCGGGUGGUGGAGUCGCGGCCGCUGAGUCGGCACAAACGAUGGCGGCUCCUCGAAAUAGUGGAACGGAGCGGCUGA